AUGGUGGAAAUGCUGGCCCUGCGAGGAAUACUCAAGGACAUGUUUCCACGCAAAGGCAAAGGCAACAUGAGUUCCAGUGUCGAGGAGAUGAUGACGCUGUUCAACCAAGGCGUCACCUACACUUCCACGAAAAUCUCCGAUGCUCUGGGAAAGUUGCAAGUACCACUGGGAGCUCUGAACAUGACCACAGAGCAGUUGGAGGAGAACUUUUCAACAUAUAUGGAGUCAAUCAAGAAACAAAAGGCACCCAAACUGGGCUGUGUUGAUAGCCCCACCAUCACCGCGGAACAGUUUCUUGUGGCACUUGAUAAGUAUGUGGGCGACACCAGCAAACAGAAGUCGGUCUUGGCUGAUGAAGAAGACGAUGAAGAUGAGGAAGAAGAGAAGAGUGAAGCAAGCAACUGA